UAAGUGUGCAAGGUUUAGUGUAGGUUAAUAUGAACUAAUUGAAAUGCACCGCGCGAGCUGUCCGUUUGAUAUUAUGCAAAUGCAGGCGGACUCAGAUUGUGAAAUGUACCGUAGGAUUAAGAGGUACACAAACAGUAGAGAAGAAAACAAUGAGCGUCGGGCAAGGUGAGUGGUCAAGAGCAAUGUAUCACCCCACUAAAAGAAGUGUCAAGGAGGAUCCCCGGUAUAUUUGAUGAGUAGCGAAAAUAACUUUUAGUUCAUUCAAUAAUUUCGAUAGGCUACGGCUGAUCGCGUCCAGUUGACCCAAAGUGAAUGUUUCAGUGAAUCAAGUUAAUAAUCUACAAAACAAGAGAAUCUUCCUAAGAGACGCAAUGAGGUGGACAAUUGUAUCUUUUCUGUUCGGAUGCGUCCUUUCCUUGGCCCUGGCACAGUUGAACCCGGACAAUUUCAGGCACAGGGCAGUGCUCCAGUCAGCAUCGCACGAGGCGCAGCUGCCGCCCAACCUGUUAAAUCCCUUCUACAAAGACCCUAGGAUUCGGCAGGCUCUGGCGAGGAGCUCGUGGUUCGGACCCGGAGAGAAUGUUGUCUUCGACAGGGAAGCCGAAAAGAUAAAUAGGAGAGAAAUAUUCCUAGUUUUGAAACACGCCGGAUUGCUGCCUCAACAGCAAUAA